AUGACAGUACGCAACGUCGAGGCCAGAGAUGAGGAGGAACCAGCCCCCACCAGUCCUCCCCCAACUAGCGAACCCCCCGAUGGCGGAGUCCAAGCGUGGACUCAGGUUGCGAUGGGCUGGAUCGUAAUGGUCAUCAGCUGGGGAUGGGUGAACUCUUUCGGCGGGUUCCAGGCGUAUUAUAUUUCCGAGCUCCCUGAAAGCCCAUCCACGAUCUCGUGGAUUGGUUCGGUCCAGGCUUGGCUUACAUUUUCCACGGGCGCAUUCUCUGGCCGUCUGCUGGAUGCCGGUUUCUUUACCCCAGCUCUGCUUGUUGGCGCCGUGCUUCAGCUCGUCGGAAUUUUCCUAACGAGUAUUGCCACCAAGUAUUGGCAGCUGCUUCUCACACAGGGCAUCUUGACGGGGUUUGGAGGUGGCAUUUUGUUUACGCCGUCAGUCGGCCUCGUUUUGACCUAUUUCAGCUCCCGCAGAGCCAUCGCUCUGGGUAUUAUAACGACGGGCAACUCGAUAGGUGGUCUAGCCUACCCCAUCCUCGUACGGGGUCUUCUCCCUCGUCUUGGCUUUGCUUGGACCAUGCGCUUGAUCGGAUUUGUGCACAUGGUUGGGUUCGCCCUGGUUGCUUGCCUCAUGAAGUCGAGACUGCCGCCACGCAAAGCCGGCCCCAUUAUUGACUGGGUGGCCUUUAAGGAGUCCGUCUUUCUCAGCUACAAUGCUGGGCUCUUCUUCUUCAACUGGGCUAUGUAUUACACGUUCUAUCAUAUUGGCGCCUUUGGGAUCCAAGUUCUCGGCAUGCCGUACUCGGAAGCCGCCUACCUUGUGACAAUCGUCAACGGAGUUGGUGUUCCUGCAAGGCUCGUCAUUCCAUUGCUGGCGGGCCGGUAUGGACCGCUGAAUAUGAUGGUUAUAAUGGGUUGUUGUGUGACCGUCAUGGCUUUCUGUUGGCUUGCAACAUCUGAUCGUGUUGGAAUGUAUAUCUGGGCCGCAAUCUACGGUCUGUUCUCUGGUGGGUUCCAAAGUCUAAUUCCUACCGGGUUGGCCAGCAUCACCAAGAGUCUUGACAUGCUCGGGACGAGACUCGGUAUGUUCUUCACCGUGAUUUCAUUUGCUGCCCUUACUGGGCCGCCUAUCGGAGGAGCGAUACAGACGGCGGAACAUGGAGGCUAUCGCGUGGCUGAAAUCUGGGCAGCGCUGGCAACUUUCCUGUGCACCCUUUUUGUUACAAUAACUAGGGUGCGCAAAGUUGGAUGGAAAAUAGGCACACCAGCCUGA